UAAUUUUCACAUGACGACGACGAACUCAAAAAAACACGCGUCUCUUGUUCCUGCUUUCCUAUCAAUGCCUAUUUCCCGCAAAAAAUUCUCUCUUCUCUCUUCUUCUUUGCCGUCCUCUCGUUCUCAUCUUCACGACAACGCUGGCAAAGCCGGCAAUUCCUGUAAUAACCAAGCACAACAGAAGCGUUGUCUCACGCGUCAAAGGAGGUUCAGACACUUGACUGAUGAUGAGGUUGGCUUAAGGUUUGGCGAUAUCCACAGCUCGCUUUCUUCUCCCUGUUCCCAUGAUACGCCGGCAGGGAAGGACUCCGGGUCUCCGGAGAGGUUGGACCAUUGGUCUUCUUACGCGGAGCCGAAGCCUUUGCCUCUUCCUGAGGUAUUCUUAAAUCGGAAAUCCACGACCUCUGGUUCCAGUCCUGGACCAAGUAAACUCGCAUCACCUGAUGAAAGACUCGCCACUGCUGUCGGAAGGAAGAAUGCAGAUCAUGCCGCUAAAAGUACACCAAGUUCAUUGGCCAAUGUUCAUAAAGAAUUCUCUCAAGGUGAAAGCUUUAAAAAUGGCUCAAAGCCAACAGUCACUACAAGGAACGACGUUAAAAGUUUUCCCUCAUCUCCGGCUAGCCCUCAAAGAUCAAACACCCAAGAUCACUUAAAUUCUUAUGACGAUGCAGUUUCAACCAAAUCUUUGUUAAGUCGUCGCAGGAAUUUCCCUUAUGAGAAAGAUUUUGGGAGUGUUAACCACAACUUGAGGCUGAACGUUUCCGCCAGGAGUGCUCCAACCACGGUUUUCUCUAGUCCCUCCGUCAGUCCACAAAGAUCAAGGGGUUCCAUAGAUUUAGAUGUUCCAUAUCUAGGUAGAGCCUCUGGUUAUGCGUCACCAUUAAGAACUGUACAUAGUCCCGAGUGUUCUCCCCUGCAUAUUCCCGGUCAAAAUAAAACUUCAUCCCACCAUAAAUUGCUCUUGGAGAACAAUAAGGACUGGCUUGAUAAUAAUAGUGAAUUAAAUGCACAUCCGUUGCCCCUACCACCUGAAGCUUUCCAGUCAUCACAAUCACUGAAGCCACUACCAUCAUCGGUUCCAAAUCACAUCAUCGAAAGGCCGAUUGCUCCUUCGAUUAUAAGCCAAUGGAAGAAAGGAAGACUUCUCGGACGUGGUACACAUGGAAGUGUUUAUGAAGCAACUAACAGGGCGACUGGAGCUUUGUGCGCGAUGAAGGAAGUUGAUAUCAUCCCUGAUGACCCUAAAUCUGUUGAAUGUGUAAAACAAUUAGAGCAGGAAAUCAGAGUGUUGAGACGUUUAAAGCAUCGAAAUAUUGUACAAUAUUACGGCAGUGAACUAGUUGAUGAUCACUUUUACAUAUAUUUGGAGUAUGUGCAUCCUGGUUCAAUUAAUAAAUAUGUCCGUGAACACAGUGGAGCUAUAACCGAACCUAUAGUUCGCAAUUUCACCCGUCAUAUUCUAUCUGGCUUAGCUUUCCUGCAUAGUUCAAAUACAAUACACAGGGAUAUAAAAGGAGCAAAUUUGCUUGUCGAUGCCAAUGGCACUGUUAAACUUGCUGAUUUUGGCAUGGCAAAACAUCUUACAGGAUUGUCCGACGAGCUUUCUUUGAAGGGAAGUCCAUACUGGAUGGCUCCCGAGGUCUUAAAAUCUGUCAUGAAGAAAGAUUCCAACCCAAAUCUUGCUCUGGCUGUUGACAUAUGGAGCUUGGGUUGUACUGUCAUCGAGAUGCUUAAUGGUAAACCUCCAUGGAGUGACUUUGAAGGGCCUCGAGCAUUGUUCAAGGUUCUGAACCAGAACCCAACUGUACCAGAAGCAUUAUCUCCUGAAGGAAAGGAUUUUCUACAUUGUUGCUUUCAAAGAAAUCCAGCAGAGCGACCGUCUGCAGCUAUGCUACUCGAGCAUCCUUUUGUACGAAAUUCGGUCAAUCAAAAUGGACCAGCCCUCGUGCAAGCCUUUUCUAGAAUGAAUCUAACAGAUAAUUCACAUAGUCAGAGAAUAGAAAUGAUGUCGACUUCACCGGGAACAAGGAUCACAAAGGGGAAAUCGCCCUCUAAUAGUGUAACCGGUCUAUCAGGCUGUGCCAGAACCAAUAACUGCGCUACGGCUUCACAUCAUCUCCUCUAUUCCGCCCUCGAGGUCUCCCCUUACACAUCUGCAGCAAGAGUGAUUUAUGGCUCUCACAGUUUCAGCCCAUCUUCACAUGUUUCAAGCAAUAUGUCACUUGGUGAGGUGAACAACCACCCAUUAGCUGUGGGGCGGACGCAAGGCAAGGAAGUCCCACACAUCUGAAACUUGUGUGGGAUUCAGAUAGAUA